GAGAAACUUCGCCCCGGCGGUGCGGAGCGCCACUGCGCAGCCGGGGAGGGACGCAGGCAGGCGGCGGGCAGCGGGAGGCGGCAGCCCAGUGCGGUUCCCGCGGCUCCCAGCGGAGCCCCGCGCCCGCCGCGCCAUGGCCCGGAGACCCCGGCACAGCAUCUACAGUAGUGACGAGGAUGAUGAAGACAUUGAGAUGUGUGACCAUGAUUACGAUGGGCUGCUUCCCAAGUCUGGAAAGCGUCACUUGGGGAAAACUAGGUGGACCAGGGAAGAGGAUGAAAAACUAAAGAAGCUGGUGGAACAGAAUGGAACAGAUGACUGGAAAGUUAUUGCCAAUUAUCUCCCGAAUCGAACAGAUGUGCAGUGCCAGCACCGAUGGCAGAAAGUACUAAACCCUGAGCUUAUCAAGGGUCCUUGGACCAAAGAAGAAGAUCAGAGAGUGAUAGAGCUUGUACAGAAAUACGGUCCGAAACGUUGGUCUGUUAUUGCCAAGCACUUAAAGGGGAGAAUUGGAAAACAAUGUAGGGAGAGGUGGCAUAACCACUUGAAUCCAGAAGUUAAGAAAACCUCCUGGACAGAAGAGGAAGACAGAAUUAUUUACCAGGCACACAAGAGACUGGGGAACAGAUGGGCAGAAAUCGCAAAGCUACUGCCUGGACGAACUGAUAAUGCUAUCAAGAACCACUGGAAUUCUACCAUGCGUCGCAAGGUCGAGCAGGAAGGUUAUCUGCAGGAGUCUUCUAAAGCCAGCCAGCCACCAGUGUCCACAAGUUUUCAGAAGAACAGCCAUUUGAUGGGUUUUGCCCAUGCUCUACCUUCAGCUCAACUGCCUCCAACUGGCCAGCCCUCAGUUAACAAUGACUAUUCUUAUUACCACGUUUCUGAAGCACAAAACGUCUCCAGUCACGUCCCAUAUCCUGUAGCGUUACAUGUAAAUAUAGUCAAUGUCCCUCAGCCAGCUGCUGCAGCCAUUCAGAGACACUAUAACGAUGAAGACCCUGAGAAAGAAAAGCGAAUAAAGGAGCUAGAGUUGCUUCUAAUGUCGACUGAGAAUGAACUCAAAGGACAGCAGGCACUCCCAACACAGAACCACACAUGCAGCUACCCUGGGUGGCACAGCACCACCAUUGCUGACCACACCAGACCUCAUGGAGACAGUGCACCUGUUUCCUGUUUGGAAGACCACCACUCCACUCCAUCUCUGCCGGUGGAUCCUGGUUCCCUACCUGAAGAAAGCGCCUCUCCAGCCAGGUGCAUGAUCGUCCACCAAGGCACCAUUCUGGACAAUGUUAAGAACCUCUUAGAAUUUGCAGAAACACUUCAAUUUAUAGAUUCUUUCUUAAACACUUCCAAUAACCAUGAAAACUUAGACUUGGAAAUGCCUUCUUUAACUUCCACCCCUCUCAAUGGUCACAAAUUGACUGUUACAACACCAUUUCAUAGAGACCAGACUGUGAAAACCCAAAAGGAAAAUACUAUUUUCAGAACUCCAGCUAUCAAAAGGUCAAUCCUAGAAAGCUCUCCGAGAACUCCUACACCAUUCAAACAUGCACUGGCAGCUCAAGAAAUUAAAUAUGGUCCCCUGAAGAUGCUACCUCAGACACCAUCUCAUCUAGUAGAAGACCUACAAGAUGUGAUUAAACAGGAAUCUGAUGAAUCUGGAAUUGUUGCUGAGUUUCAAGAAAAUGGACCACCUUUACUGAAGAAGAUCAAACAAGAGGUGGAAUCUCCAACUGAUAAAGCAGGAAACUUCUUCUGUUCAGACCACUGGGAAGGGGAGAGUCUGAACACUCAGCUGUUCACACAGGCAUCGCCUGUGGCAGAUGUGCCAAAUAUUCUUACAAGUUCCAUUUUAAUGACACCAGUAUCGGAAGAUGAAGACAAUGUUCUCAAAGCAUUUACAGUACCUAAAAACAGGUCCCUGGCGAGUCCCUUGCAGCCUUGUAGCGGUGCCUGGGAAACUACAUCCUGUGGGAAGACAGACGAUCAGAUGACGGCUUCCGGUCAGGCUCGUAAAUACGUGAAUGCCUUCUCAACCCGGACUCUGGUCAUGUGAGACGUUUGCAGACAAGCAUUAUGGUUUUCAGAACACUUCAAUUUCAUUUGGGAUAUAGCAUUCCUCUACAUGAAACUUUUCAUGAAUGGGAGAAGAGCCUAUUUUUGUUGUGGUACAACAGUUGAGAGCAGCACCAAGUGCAUUUAGGUGGAUGAAAUCGUAUCAGAUUUCACCCAACUAAACGAAUUUUUUUUAAAAAAUUAAUAAAUA